GUUUUUCUGAGUGUCGAUUGGCUCUUUACGAACCGGUUCCUUCCUGCUUGCCGCCAUCAUUGCUUUCCACGCUGCAUUCCGAUUAAUCCGUUGUUGCUCCACAAUGUCUAACCCAAAGGUUUUCUUCGAUGUGAGUGCUGGUGCCGCAGUUGGGAGAAUCGUUAUGGAGUUGCGUGCUGAUGUUGUGCCGAAAACGGCAGAAAAUUUUAGAUCUUUGUGCACUGGUGAGAAAGGAUUUGGGUAUAAAGGUUCUAGCUUCCAUCGAGUCAUACCUGGAUUCAUGUGUCAGGGAGGAGACUUCACAAAUCAUAAUGGCACUGGUGGGAAGAGCAUCUAUGGAAACAAGUUUGAAGAUGAAAACUUUCAAUUAAAGCACACUGGACAAGGAAUCUUGUCGAUGGCUAAUGCCGGACCCAACACAAAUGGAUCACAGUUUUUUCUAUGCACAGCAAAGACAGGAUGGUUGGAUGGUAAACAUGUGGUUUUUGGGUCUGUAGUGGAAGGAAUGGAUGUGGUGAAGAAAAUUGAAAGUUUUGGCUCUGAAAGUGGAAGAACAAGUCAAAAGAUUGUCAUUGCUAACUGUGGUCAGCUUUAAGCUCUAUGAGAACAUUUAUGACUGACAAGUGUACAGCCAUUUUCAUCUCCACAUGCAUUUGGUUCUUUUCGCUCCUACAUAUAGUAUUAGCCGUUUUGUAAUGGUCUUUGAACAACUUUGAUCCCACCAAACUGUCAUGCAUAUUUUGUUAUUUUUGCUUAGGUGGUAUUCUUGCAUAUGAACAGAAUAAAAAUGCUGUACACAUA